AGCGAUGGCAUCGCCAUGAGCCGAAUCGCGCGCCAACCCUCGCGGUGGCCCCCGCAUGGUCUCGUGUGCAAGAACGACGGCGAUUAGCCCCGGCCGCGUCCACCGUAGGUGAGCCUCGCGGCACCUUUAGCCGCUGCGUUUUUCUUCCUCCGGGAAUGCCGCUCUUCGCGCCGACAACGCACGGAUUCGACCCCCGCUCGCGAGAAUUCAGCCUUCGAGUGUUCCGCAACACGGGGGCCUGCUGAGAAGACUACUUGUGGCCACUGCCGGCCGGCGGCCGUGAGAUGCAGGGCGUCGGCCGCGGUCUGGCAUGCUGACCUGCGCCGACACGCCCCUACCGACUCUGCACACGCUGGCGCCGGGUCUACUGUUCACCUGUCACGUGUCCCAACAGUCGUCCCAGGCGCGCUCCGGGGCGCGCAAUGCCGCUCUGACGCCCCCGAUCGCUAGGGUUACGGGGCGACCACGGAAGCCGCCGAGGCGCAUACCGCGCUACCCCAGCACGUGCGCGCGCGCAUCUCCGAAGUCUGCGCAGACGGUGGCCGUCCCCGCACUGAGUGUCGUUACGACCAGCCAGGACUCGGCGCCGAGGACGCCACGAAGCGACGCCGAGCAGCUGCUGCAGGCGCCGGCCGCCCAGCCUGGAGCUACGACGCCAUUACGGGACGUUACCGAAGCCGAUGGCGAGCGCACCCUUAAGCACCCGGCCGCGGUCAGUCCCGGUGGCGCGCGCGAGAUCGGCUCCAAGGCCGGCUCUCCGAUGCGCAGAAAUUCACCGCCAGCUGUCCCAGGUCCCUCUGGAGUCACACCCCACGGCACGACUCCGGCGCAGCAGCCCACGUCUCCUGCCGACGAAGCAGCGGGGGCCGUGAAGGGGGAGCCCGAGGAUUCGGUAGGUAUAAAGCACGGCGCGCAGCACCCUGUAACCGACUCGCUGAGGUGCCUCUCGCCGAAGCAAUUGGUGCACUGGGGCCACCCGUGCCGAAAGGGGUAA